AUGUUUGAUUUAGUAGAAUGCGCAUACUUUUUAGAUAAUAUAGAACCAACAUUUUUACCAAACUACACAAAUAAUAAUAAAAAACCUUAUAAUAUCAAUAUCAAUAACACAACAGCAGCUUCAUCAUCAUCAUCAUUCAGUUUAAACAAUAGUAAAAGUAAUAAUUUUACAACAACAGUAGCAUUAGCAUUCAGUUUAAAAAAUAGUUAUAGUAAUAACAAUACAACAAAAGCAGCACCAGAACCUACAACAUUCAGUUUAAAAAAUAGUAAUAAAUUAUUUUUAGCAACUUUUUUAUAUGAAGAGUUUGCUUCAUCCGGCACCUUGUCUGAUAAGGCAAUGUCUCUUUUCUAUUCAUUAUUUUCUUCAAUUAUAUAUUAA